AUGAGACUCACAGACUCGCCGCUUGACGAUUACCAGAGACUUUGCUUCUCGCAGUCGAUGGACCUCAAAGAUAGGGUGCGCCACCAGACUUACAAGUCUAACCUGGCGCCCACAAUGCACUCACUUGUAUCCCACUUGAAACCACAACUUAACCACUCAUCGAUGACUGCUGCUGAUUCGAAAUCAGACAAAGGCCUGAUGUGCUUCGAAUACCAGUUCCCUGACCUAGUAGCGCAAUCACAAGAGACGGCAGACUCUAACACUCACAUUCAAUAUGAAUCUGGAAAUCGGCCAUACGGACUAAACGCCGAGACUGACACACCUACGGCUCAUCGCAUGAGCACUGAGCCCAGUGAUGGUGCUUUGGACGCUACAUUGCUUUUACCAGAGUUGCAACAGACAACGAGCCCUAGAUUAACUGGCCAUAAGCGCGGUUACUCUUCUCCCUCGGGUCCCAAUGGUACAACAAUAAGUAAGAAUCAACAGUUUAGGAUAAGCAAUCAAAGCAACACACACAAAUUUAUAAACACCAACAAUUGCAUCCUUUGGACCAACUUCGAUAAGAAUGAACCUGCUAGCGAGGAAAACUUUGUGUUCUUGACUGGCAUAUGGCGGUUAUAUCAGGAUGUCAUGAAGGGUUUGAUACAGAUCCCUCGUAAGGGCAAAACAUCUAAGGAAAGACAGGACUUCUGUCGCCAGGAGUUUGAUUUCAUUAUGUCCAAUUGCUUUUGCGAUGAUCAAUUGAAAACAGCUAAGGAUCAAAGUGACCCUGUGGAUUACUCCAGGAAAUUUCAUAGAAGAAGAAGUACUGGUAGUAUUUCUUUCACACAGAAAACAAAAAGUAACAACAGUGUAACUAGUGAGAACUCUGGAAACACACAUAGCACUUCUAAUUCCAGUGUAAACUACCUUGAUUUCCAUUGGUUUGAUAUUUCUGAGAAAGUACGUAGCCAAAUCUUUGAGCAAUUUAAACAACAUUUAGAAAAGGACAGAAAUGUCGAUUGUUCAACUAUUCCAAAAGCUGAAGAAUACAUCCAGCGGAUAAGAGGUGGCUACAUAAAAAUUCAAGGUACUUGGGUUCCAUGGUACAUUGCAAAACUGAUCUGCAUAAGAUUUUGCUUCCCAAUUAGGUAUUUAUUGGUACCAAUAUUUGGUGAGCAAUUUCCUGUGGAAUGUGAAAACUACUUCUUCAAUGUUCAUAUGACUAACUUAAAGGAGUUCUUGGAAAAUGAACAUCUAAUUAAUACUGUUAGAAGGAGACAAAAAUCAACAGGAUUAGCUACACCACCAUUUCUUACAUCUUCCACGUUUGGCAACGGCUCCAUAGAUUCACCUUUUUCUGAUGAAAGAGAAGAAAUGGAAAUAUCUCCCUUUCACAAGUAUAGUAAUAAUCUAUCACCAAAUUAUUCUCCCAGAAUGAGAAAGAGAAGAAGAUCUGAUAACAAUUUGUCGCCUAUGUCUCCUUCAACUAAGCUCGCCUUCAGGAAGACUCCACCAAUAAGGGAAGAGCCCGAACCUUACGAGCAUUAUACUUCUGGAUUUUCAACCAUCGACAACAAGUUAAGUACAAACAAUACGGUUAAGGAAGAAACCCACCCCUAUAGGAAGAGAGCACUUUCCUGGUCAUAUACUCAAAAUACAUCCCAAAGAACGAAAUUGCCGCCAAUUUCUUCACUAAUAGAAUCAAUCAAUUGGAAAACUAAUUCAGAUCAUGUCAAUGUAUCAGAACCAACACCUACUGUACAAACCUUGUCAAAACUUGCCUCAUUUUAUACCACAAGAGGACACAAGUAUUCAUACCCGUCUAAUAUAUGUACUGUCAGCUCCAAUGAACACAAUAAACUAGCAUCGCCAGUCAAAAAUAGUAACAUGGAGACAUUUUUGACUGCCCGUGAGAAUCAAACAGGUUCACACCACUAUAACCACAUAACUGAGCCCCAUAUGAAACAUAAUUAUAUUAGACAGAGAGAUAUGGUUCCUCGUGUCAUAUCGGAUAGCUUGUAUCCUGAUUUGGGAUACAAAGAGAAUAAGGUCGAUUUCAUUUGCUUGAGAAAUCAAACCCAUCUUCAAGAGAAUGUGUAA